GCGUACCAGACGACAAGUUCGACAAUCGCAAUGAAUAGAUUGAAUGAAUGACGGUGCAGUGAUUGACGGAACUAUGUUAUCGAUACGUAGACAUAUUCAACACAACUGAUGUACCACUAUGGGAUUGUAUUAGAAAUCGGAUGUUCAUGUUUGUGUGACUUUACCAGUGUUCAGAGGUCAAAUUAAGUUUAUUUCCAUAGUGAUGAUGAAGAAAUAGCAAUAAACAGAGAAUGCCUAAGUUCUACCCCUGCUUGCUGUGCUCCAAAAGAACAUCACAACAGGACAGAUACAGGAUAAAGAAGGAGCAUGCAGACUUCAUCAAGAGAAGACUCCGUAUGGAUGUUUCUGAUGACAGCAUGCUGUGUAGAAAAUGUCGUCACAUGUGUGAAACAAAAUCGACAAGAGAUUCUAUUUGCAACAGCCCUGAGCCAAACAAAAUACAGAAAACAUUAUCAAAGCAGAGUAUGAAGAGCCCUCCUUCAGUAACACUGUCCAUCCCAAGUACUUCUACAAGUCAUGCCAACUGUGUAAUAUGUAAAAAGCCAGGGCCAAAGCUUGUUGUUGUUCCUGAAAACACUGGUGUAAAUGUAUUCAUCCAAAAAGAAACAUUUGUUCCACCUGGUUCUAGAUGCUGUCCUAAACAUAUAUCUGAUGGAGAUCUCAACACUGAGGCAUUGCAUCUGUUGAAACAAACAAGUUCUGUCUCCAAUGUCAACAGGACCACCAUUGUUGGAGUUUUAAAACAAACCAGGGAUGUAGCAAUCCAAAAUCAGAACAAGAGACUGAAUUUUGAUGAUCCACAUGGAAUGCAAAAUGAAGAUUACUACAAUCUAACAGGUGUUACAAAGGAUCAGUUUGAUGAAUUGAUGACGUAUUUGGUGGAGACCAACUUAAGAUCAUCCAAGAACAGAAGUACUAGAACAUGUGUAGCAUUAUUGUUGACGAAACUUAGAUGUGGUUUAAGUAAUCAACUACUUGGAACCUUAUUUGGCAUGAAAAAAUGGCAGGUUCGACGUGCUGUUAUAUCUGCGAAAAAUGCUUUGAUGGAAGAUUUUGUGCCAAAGCAUUUGGGGUUCUCUCACAUAUCAAGGGAGGAUGUCAUUAAUCACCAUACUCGUCCCCUUGCCAAGGAACUUCUAUGCAGCAUGUCAGAUAAUCCAGUCAUUCUUGUACUCGAUGGGACUUAUGUAUACCUCCAAAAAAGCGGAAACUUUUCUUUCUCACGUCGUUCCUACAGCACCCACAAACACCGGCCAUUAGUUAAACCGAUGAUGAUUGUAUCAACUUCUGGAUAUAUAAUUUCUGUAUUAGGUCCCUAUCUGGCAGAUUCCAAAAAUUCCGAUGCAAAGAUCUUAAGUCACAUGAUCCAGACAAAUGUAGAGGACAUUAGGAAAUGGGUAGAAGAAGACGAUAUUUUUAUUGUCGACAGAGGUUUCAGAGACGCAGAAGCUUUGCUUGAUGACUUGGGGAUACAUGUUGAAAUGCCAUCCUUUCUGACUCGUCAUUCAAAGCAACACUCAACAGAAGAAGCCAAUUCAACCAGAUUUGUGACCAAGCUUAGAUGGGUUGUCGAGUCAGUGAAUGGCAGGCUCAAGACAUGGAAUUAUUUGAGCAGGACCAUCCCCAAUACACAGAUACCACAUAUUGGCGAUUAUGUCCGCAUAGUAAGUGCAAUCUGCAACAAGUUUAGACCAGACUUGAGCACUGGAAUUGAGGAGGAAGAUGUUGCCAUGGCUGCAAAAAUGCGAUUUCUUGCAAACGGAGUGAAUGAGUUAAAGGAUUAUGUUGAGACAAGUGGUUUAGAGAAGCGGAGCAUAAGAUGGAAGAAGAUAGACUCCCAUGAUGUAGUCUUCCCUCAUUUGACAGAGGAGGAAAUACGCCAGUUAACCUUAGGUGUGUACCAAAUAAGAUUGGCAAAGUCAUAUGCAUAUGAACAUUUUAUGGAAGGAAGGUAUGAAAUUUUCAUCAGUGAUGACUUUGAUGGAAUCCUGUGUGCCAAGAUUCAAAGUAGACACAUUUCCGCAAAGAAAUACUUACUCUGGAUAAGACAUGAUGAUAUCAGUAUCAAAUCUUGGUUUUGCAAAUGUAAAGUUGGUACAAGAGUUGUGGGCAUGUGUGCUCAUAUUACCAGUGUGAUUUGGUUCUUGGGUCUUGCUCGUCAUGAGGAAAGUGGUGUCUGUGGUGUGCGCGAUUGGUGUAGUUCUGUUGAGGAUGCUGCUGCACUCCCAAUUGAUGAAUCAGAAAGUGAGGAAGAAAAUGAAGAAAGAUGUUCCAUAACAGAAGAGGAGUGAAUUUCAAAGUGACUCAUCAGUCAAUAAAUCAGUCAACAAAACAUGUUUGGUAGGAGAAUUUUUCUGAAAUUUAGUGUAUGAUAUCUGUAAAAAUUAGUGAUGAUUACAAAGUACCUGAAUGUGUAUAUUGCUGUUUUGAGUUCAUACCUAAAUGCAAGUAUAUUGUUGAUUGAUUUAUUUGUACAAUUAUUUUGAUUGCAAUUUAAGAUUAUACGCAAAUCAAUUUAUGACAAAGUUGCAAUAUCAAAUGAUUUAUUGUAUGAAUAUUGACAACCAUUAUAUAAAACCAUAUAUGUGUAAAAUAAGAAUGUCAGAAUCACAUUGUCUAGAGGCUUAUUUAGUAAUGACAUGCUCUUUGAUUUCUAGCUGUAUAAAGUAUAAUGGAUGUGCUUUUCAAUAAUUGAUAUUGUAUGUAUACAACAAAUAUUGUUCAAACGCUGUAUACAUUUUGUUCAUAAUUGUGUCUCAUUGAAAUGAAAUACAUGUAUAGGGAUAACCUCAUUUUCUUUUACCCCUCUAUUUAUAUGCUUGUUUAUCUUUUAACUUGUAAAGUAAACUACUCUCAUAAAUACAUAGCAUAUCUUUACUAUCAAAUUAAAAAUAUUUUAAAGUUAAACAUUUUCAAAGCAAUUCAUAUCAAUAUUGCCUAUUUUUGGGCAUUGUACCACUGUAUUUGAGAUCAAACUGUAAAAAUGAACAAUGUGUUAUACUUUGAAAAAAAUAUUUUAAUUAAACCUCCAUGGAGUCCAGACCACUAUCAUUUUAUUUUAGUUUUGUUUUAUUGUGGUUAAAAUCAUUGCAUGUAAUAAUUUAAACCAAUACUUCACACCAGCUUUCAUUGAAUAUUAUUAUUGACAAAUGUUAAGUAAUAGGAAACUUUGUAUUUAAGUGCAUAAAGGUCAAAUAUGAUGUGUUAUACAUAUAAGUGUUUCUCUUUUUAAUUUAACAAUAAAUAUAUAUAUAAGGUCUUUGAUACAAAUACAGAACUGUUCAUGGGAUACUAUUAUCAAUGCAAAUAUAAGCCAACUCAUCAUAUAAAGUACAUUGAUGUGUCCUAGGUUACGUGUACUGUCUUGUAAAAUGCGCCAUGGAUUUGAUGAGGACUUCAGCAGACAUUAACAACUAAGGAAAUUGCAUUAUUUGCAAGCAAAUGUUAUGU